AUGAGUGAACAGUAUCGUGGGAAGAUAAUUGUUGCACCAAUGGUAAGGGUAUGUACCCUGCCAUACAGAUUAUUAACAAUUGACUAUGGUACUGAUUUAGUAUACACAGAGGAGACUAUUGACUUUAAGAUGCUUCGCUCCACCAAGAGGGAAAAUAAUGUUUUAGGUACAGUAGACUUCAUUGACAAGUCUGAUGGAACAGUUUUCUUCCGCACAUGUGAAAGGGAACGAACGAAAGUUAUUUUCCAGAUUGGCACGAGUGAUGCUCAGAGAGCCCUCAAAGUUGGGAAGAUGGUUGAAUCAUAUGUGGCGGGCUUGGAUGUGAAUAUGGGAUGCCCAAAAGAGUUUAGUAUCAAAGGGGGCAUGGGAGCAGCCCUCCUCAGCCAGCCAGAAAAGGUUAAGUCAAUCCUCAGCACCCUAGUUCAAGGUCUCACCAUCCCAGUAACUUGUAAGAUUCGACUUCUGAAGACUUUGCCAGACACAAUAGAACUUUGCAAACUGAUUGAGGAAUGUGGAGUUGCUGCAAUUGCCAUUCAUGGCCGCACUAAGGAGGAAAGACCUAAUCAUCCAAACCACAAUGACAUGAUUAAAGAAAUAGCCAAUGUUCUUACAAUCCCAGUCAUUGCAAAUGGUGGCUCAAAGGAGAUAAAAUGCUAUGAAGAUAUUGAGAGAUUUCGACAAGAGACUGGAGCCUCAAGUGUGAUGAUUGCACGUGCUGCUAUGUGGAAUUGUUCUAUCCUUAGACCUGAAGGUGUCCUUCCACUUGAUACUGUGGCUGAUGCCUACCUAAGGUAUUGCAUAGAUUAUGAGAACCCAUUCACAUAUAGUAAAUACACUCUUCAAAACAUGCUGCGGGAGCUUCAGGAUACUCCUCGAGGCAAGGCAUUCCUAGAAACACAGACUCUACAGGAAAUAAGCUACAUCUGGGGUUUGGGUACUUACUUCAAGACACAACUAGCAAAACAAAGUGAGGCUUGUAUGUGUUUGAACUCUGACCCCAAGAAGAAUGGUAAGAUAGCUAUGCCUCCUAGUGCUGACCAUGUAGAAAUUGUGGAGAAAGAAGAAGAUCAUCAAAAAAUUGUUGAAAUGCCAAUACAGUUUAUACGUGGAAAUUUCAAUAAUGCAGAUCUUCCAAAAAUGCUUCUAAAU